GGCGGGUCCCGGGAAGAGGAGACUCACCCCGUCAGCGUGCGAGGGCGGGGACGCGGGAGUGGUGCUCAGAGGCAAAGUGAACAGAGUAUCUGUGACAUUAUAUCAGGCACCUAUGUAAGGAAAUUGGACUGUAAUAAUUCACCAUGGCGUAUGGCUUGCCAAGAAAGAACACAGUGCAAACCAUUUUGCGGCACGGUUGUUAUGAAGUACAGGACCCUCGGGAUCUUGCACUUCUUACAAAGGCUUGGUACACGAGCCUGGCCAACAUCAAGUUGCCUUUCUUAGGAGAAAUUGAAUUUGGUAGUCCUUUAAAACUCACAAAAUACAACACCAUUAAGGAUGGUCUGCUCCCUUCAGCUGAAUGCCUCAAACUUGAAAGGGAGUAUGAAAUGAAGCGACUAAAUAAACUUAAAUGUCAAGAGAAUGUAUCUGAGGACAUUCAGUUUUCCCUAAGGGAAAGGCAAGUUGGUUUGAGAAGACCUCUUCCACCUAAGUGA